GCCAGUUUUGUGUACAUCCAUUGAAUGCGUUGGUGCCGAUAUCAAAUUAUUAAAUAGUAACAAGAAUUGAACUAAAGUUUCUAAAUACUACAAACACCCAAAACGUUUGCAUCGAAUACCUCUUAUAGAAUAAUAUAACAAGCGGGGUGUGACUGAAGUUUGGUUUUGUAAUGUUUUUUUGUGUUUCAAAGUCAUAACGCCGGCCCACCAAUGUAUGUUGUGUUAGUAGUGACUCUCUUAUUGUUUCAAAGAAUAUAACAAACACAUUAAAAUUCUUCAAGCGUCAGAAAUGGUUUCAACGAGAGGUGUACGCUAUAAGUUCAGCGAAGGCGAGCGUGUGUUAUGUUAUGAGCCAGAUCCUACGAAAGCAAAAGUUUUGUAUGAUUCAAAGGUUUUGGAGGUAAUAGAGAGUAAAGAUAAGAGAGGACGGCGAACUGUCGAAUAUCUGAUACAUUUCCAAGGUUGGAAUUCCUCUUGGGACCGCUGUGUGAGUGAAGACUUUGUGCUCAAGGACACAGAAGAGAACAGGCAGUUGCAGAGAGAUCUUGCUGAAAAAUCACAGCUUCAAUUAGGAGCUUACUUGUACAGACGAGAACGCAAAAAAGGAAACAGUACAACCUCAGGUUCAGGGCCAGCUAAAAGACCCCGCCAUGGCUUCAGUGAUGAUGGGUCUUCCAGUAGCACACAACCUGAUCCAGACGAAGCAGAAGGCGAAACAGGUGACACAGACUCCUCUUCAGGGUCUGCAUCCAGUAAUCAACCCAAUUCUCCUCCCAACUCUAAUGCUGGCAGAGCUAGUAUAAUAUUACCUUCUGCUCUGAGGGAUCGCUUGACAUUCGACUACCAUCUGGUAGUGAAACGUGGCAGGUUGUCCAGACUGCCUGCGACGCCGUGCGCUGCCCAGAUUCUUGAGUCCUUCGUAAAAUGGUUUGCGCGCGCUGGCGCGUGGAACCCGCCCCGCGCGAGGCACGAUCCCACACACAAGCCAGACAUGCUUGAUGUUUCAUGCAGGUUAAAUUUACUCAGAGAAGUGGCAGAUGGGUUGAGAGUCUACUUCGAUUUCAUACUCCGCGGGCACCUAUUGUACAAACAGGAAGCUGAUCAGUAUUACGAGAUGUGCGGCCAAUAUAUCGACGAACCUGAUAUAAAGACAGAGCCCGACGAUGAGGACGAAGAGAACCAGGAUCCAUCGCAAGACGACGUGGACGCUACGGCGGAAUCGGUAGAAGAGGACCUAAAAAGCCCCAAGGUUCCCGAAUACGCGCAUUUACCGCCAGACCCGGAAAACGCAGAAAACGGAGAAGAGCCAGCCCCGGAAAACAUAGAAGCCGAAGCAGAAGCAGAAGCGGAAGCGGAAGCGGAAGAAGAGGUGGCAGAGGACGCGGAAGCGCAGGCAGAGGCGGAAGCGGAAACAGAAAAGGCGGAAAGCGAAGAGACGAGAGAACAAAGCAGCGAAGGUACCAGAAGUUCGCCGAGGCACGAAGACACCACGAAGCGGGAGCCGCGGGCUGCACCGCGAUCACGCAGCCUCGCUAGAAGACUCCGUUCACACAAGUCGGCUGUUUCGCAGUCAGAAAACGAAGAACCAGCGCCCUCUACCUCAACGGGGGAACAACGAACUUUUGAAACACUAUCUUCGAGUGUUGGCAGCAGUGGGUCAUCGAUGAGCGAGAGUUGGGCGCGACCCGCUCGCCCGCCGCCGACCCCCGCCACGCCCGCAAGAAAUCCCCUCUCGCAACUCCUCGAUAAGGUAGCAAAAUGGCAAUUAAUACCGCGCGAAGAUACGGAACACCUUCCCUGUAGAGUUUACGGAGCCAUCCAUCUAGCAAGACUCUUUGUAAAGCUGCCGGACUUUUUAAAUGCAACACAGAUGCCCGAUUUUAAAUUGAAACUUAUAUUAAAACAUAUAGAUAUGUUUGUACAGUACCUGGAUGAGCACAACGAGUGGUUCGGAGAAAUGUUUUACAUAACUGACGGAGUGUCGCGGUCGCACUGAACCGCGCUAAAUGUACAUAGGCGUACCACAUAGAAACUUGUUGAAAGCCCUUCAGAGAUUAUGAAGAUGCAGAGCAUUAACUGGUUUGAAUUGUUACGAAUUAGUUUGCUGUAGAACGUAAGCUGUAACUAGACGUUACCCGAAAGGAGAUUUUGAAUAUCGUAUUCACUUGAUGGCCCAAUGCGUAUGGUUUAAUUUGUGAAACAUGGCAUUACGAUUUUGAUCGUAUAACUAAGACGCUGAGUGAAGAGUGUUCGGUUACUUAAAUAGGCUUGAAUUUCGAAAUACUGCCUCCGAAAGUGAAGUCAAAGUCCUACCCACUGGGCCGGGCCUAUCACCGCUUCAUGACUGUUACAUGUAGAUUAUUAUAGUUAGAAUUCAUUUUGUUAAAUUACGUCACUAUUUUGGCGGAAUUCAAAAAUUGCAAUCUUUCAAGCCAUUGACACUUUUAUGUGUUCUGAAUCUUUUAAAUUUCUAUUGAGUGUUAAGUUUUUUUACAAAAUAGAUAAAAACAAGUGUUUUCUGAUAUUUUCUGUAAAAAGUGGAUCUGUGCAGUACAGAUACUAUAAUACUAAGUAUGUUUUAAUAUUUUUCAACAAAGCAAAAUAAAAGCAAUUAGAAGGCAUGCUUUGAACAUACCAUCAUAAUUCCUGAUCGUGCAAUACGGUUUAGUUUUUUUUUCUGAAUUUCCAUAAUGUUCGUACUACCCUAGAAGCCAUUGACCUCUAUUUUAUAAGUAUAUUAGAGGUCAGUGCUAUAAGCCGAAAAGCCGGGCAUGCGGUAAAACUUGCGUUACAAUAAAUAUCUCUGCUCGACUAUCGAUAGCAAUGAGAAAAUAAAAACUAUUGUUUUAUAUUAUGAAAAUUAAGCUUAAUUUGCUAUACUCC